CCUAAAAAGCCUUGUCCUGUCCGCUCUGUUUAGCCUGGUUUAGCUAGCAGUUCCGUGAAAAAACUGCAAGAAAAGUAACUGUUACUGAUUAUAAAUAUUUUCUUUUUUCCUCUAAUAAUUUUCUAUCGGUCUGAAUGUCAUGCUCAUGAUUGCAGAUCAUCAGUGAAGUUUGGAAGAACAUCAAUUUAAAGUAUAUCAUAGAAAAUGAAUCCAGCCUCAAAUGUUACCUCCGGUGGAAUACCCAUGGAUACCAUGAACCUAACACCUCUGCCAACGCCAAUGGAAACAAGCCCUUCAUUACCUCAGCAAGCAGUGGAAGGAAUUUCAGCUCCUCCAGCUCUGAGCAACUUACAAGUUGUGCUUAACAAUCCAAAUGUCAACAAUAGUCCUUCCCUUCAAGUAGUCUUAAAUAAUAUGAAUACCACAAGCAACACAACAGGACCUCAUCCAUCAAUAGUCAACACGCAAGUCCCAGCUGCCGUAGCCAGCUCAUCUCUCGUGACUCCUAAUGCAAUUCUACAAACUCAGAGUCCAAUCACACACGUGCAAAGUCCCCUGAAUCAGGCAGCAAGCCAAUUGCCAUCUGCACCGAGUCCGUCUCCGAUGCAAACUACAGUAUCAACAUCUGCACCACUCCAAAGCACAGUGCCUCAAGGAACAACAACUCAGUCAACAUUUCAGCAGUCAGCCUCUUCAUCUCAUCUUCCAUCCAUGUCUCAAGCAAAAUCUUCAACAGACCAUCCAAACCAGAUCCUUACGAAACCACGUCUUCAGGAGCUAGUGAGAGAAGUUGAUCCCACAGAGCAGUUGGAUGAAGAAGUGGAAGAGCUAAUGCUUCAGUUAGCAGAUGAUUUUGUCGAAUCAGCUAUCAAUUCUGCUUGCCUCUUAGCCAAGCACAGACAUGCAUCUACGGUUGAUGUUAAGGAUGUACAAUUACAUCUUGAGCGCAACUGGAAUAUGUGGAUACCAGGAUUCGGGACUGAUGAACUGCGGCCCUACAAAAGAGCGCCUGUCACUGAUGCCCAUAGGCAAAGAAUGGCUCUCAUUCGGAAAACAAUUAAAAAGUAUUAGUCGGGCAAUUUUUUGUCAAAGAUUUCUUCUACCAGUUGAUGGAAUUUAUUUUUCUACUAAUGGAAUAUUCUAAAUGUAAAUAUUUGUGUUCAUAACUAUAAAUUUAAUUUAUUUAUUUCCAUCUCUUUGUAAAUUUGUUAAGUCUUCAUUUCUCUAGUUUGUAAAUUUUUGAUCCAGUGCAUUCCAAGUACAGGAAGUACUGCAAGUAUAGAAAUUUUA